AAAUGUCGUCACUUUAUCCGCUUUAUCCCAUAUGACACGUGGUCUCUCUCUUCUUCUACGGCUGAUCGAUGUCAGAUGCGAGAGAAGACACGUGUUUCUGUCAGCUAAGGCGCUGAGGGAGCACGUGCAGAGUCCGUUUGAGAGGAGACCGAAGGGAACUCGAGAUCCCGGCGUAGAAUUCUUGAUUAGAUCCUAUUCCACACGUCCAUCUAACCUUAGUCCCGAUAUAAUGCCGGAGGUGAAGCUCGUUGAAAGCGACGACAAACGUCAUCAAGUCGAGUACCUGGAGACGCCCGUAAAAUCGGAGAACGAUACGAAGGAGUAUAGAGUCAUCAAAUUACAGAAUGGUUUGACAGCUUUGCUAAUAGCUGAUAUACAUCCCAAGACAUCUUCUUCCCAAGAUGAUGAUCAGGAUAAAACAAGUAGUAGCGAAGAUGAAACUGAAGAUGAGGAUAGUGACGAAGAUGAUGAAGAAGAAGAUGAGGAUGAAAACGAAGAUGAAGAUUCCAGCGAUGAUGAAGAUAGUUCUUCGUCAACUAAACGAGUCAAGAGAAAUGAAAAGAUGGCAGCAUGUGGCUUGUGCGUGGGAGUAGGCAGUUUUAGCGACCCACCAGAAAUUCCAGGCAUGGCACAUUUCCUCGAGCAUAUGGUUUUUAUGGGAUCAGAGAAAUAUCCACAGGAAAAUGAUUUUGAUGCGUUUCUCAGCAAGCGCGGUGGUUCCACCAAUGCUGAAACAGAUUGCGAGCAUACGACAUUUUACUUUGAUAUCCAGGAAAAGCAUCUGUUACAAGCCCUCGAUCGUUUCGCUCAAUUCUUUAUUAAACCCUUGAUGAAGAAAGACGCCAUCACGCGCGAGCGAGAAGCUGUGGAAAGCGAAUUUCAGUCGGCAUUGCCCUACGACGACAAUAGAAAGGAGCAAUUGUUCUCCUCCUUCGCGAGAGAUGGUCAUCCAGCCAACAAGUUUAUUUGGGGCAAUCUGAUAACGUUGCGCGACAAUGUGGAAGACGACAAGCUGUAUGCGGAGUUGCACAAGUUCAGAGAGUACCAUUACAGCGCCCACAGAAUGAAACUGGCUCUACAGGCGAGAUUGCCGCUGGAUACCUUAGAGCAAUACGUCAUCACGUGCUUCGCCGAUGUGCCGAGCAACGGGUUGCCUCCGGAGGACUUUGCCGAAUUCAAAGAUGGCAUAUCCUUCGAUACUCCUGCUUUCCGAAGAAUGUACAAAGUUAAAUCUGUGGAAGAUAUUAACCAAGUGAAAAUAACAUGGGCAAUGCCUUCACUGCUUGAUUUCUACAAAAGCAAACCACAUGAAUAUGUCUCGUGGCUCGUCGGGCACGAAGGGAAAGGCUCCAUAAUUAGUUAUCUGCGUAAAAAAAUGUGGGGAAUCGAAUUGUUCAGCGGCAACACCGAGAGUGGUUUCGAGCACAGUUCUAUGUACGCUUUAUUCAAGGUCACUGUGUUGCUCACGGAUGAAGGACAGAAUCAUUUGGAGGAAGUACUGGAUGCGGUAUUUUCUUAUAUCAGUUUGUUGAGAACAGAAGGCCCUCAGGAGAGGAUCUACGACGAAUCCUGUAAAAUCAGAGAGAAUAACUUCAGAUUUGCCGACGAAGAGGAUCCAAUAGAGUAUGUAGAGGAUUUGUGCGGCAGCAUGCAUUACUAUCCAUCGCAGGACUACUUAACUGGAAGCGAGCUUUACUUCGAGUACGAUCCGGAAGCCAUAAAAAGGUGCCUGAACUACCUGAGACCGGAGAAUGCGAAUAUCAUGAUCUUCAAUGGAAAAUUUAACGCCGAGUUGGACAAGACUGAGCCCUGGUUCAAUACCAAGUAUACGGACGUUGAAAUACCACAGGAAUGGGUCGAGCGCUGGAAAACCAUCAAGCCCUUGCCAGAUUUUCACUUGCCAAUACCGAAUACAUUCCUCACCAGCGACUUUACUUUAAUACCGAUUCCGGCGGACAUUCCAAAGUAUCCUGUGAAAAUUCACACCGAUGCCAUAUCCGAGAUUUGGUAUCGCCCGGAUCCAAAGUUUCGUCUGCCAGAAUGUUACAUGAACUUUCACUUUGUUUCUCCUCUGAGACUUCGAUCGCUGGAGAAUGCAGCUCUCCUGGACUUGUACUGCAAUAUACUACACUUCCUAUUGGUUGAAGAAAUAUAUGCAGCAAUAGUGGUGGGAUUUGAUUUCAACAUAUAUUCUAGUGAGAAGGGUAUUAAAAUGAAGUUUAAUGGAUUUAACGAAAAACUGCCUCUCUUAGUACUCACUGUCAUGAAAUACAUAGUGGACUACCCGAAUCUUGUUACGAAGGAGUUAUUCGAGAUUUUGAAGGAGUUUCAACUCAAGAAACUGUACAACACAUUUAUAAAGCCCAAGAAACUCGUCAGGGAUGUGAGGUUGCAUAUACUCAAGUUUGUCCAUUACACGCACAUCGACUUGUACAACGUUCUGUGCGACACCAAUUUCGAAAAAUUCCGAAAUUUCAUCACAUCCUUCAACGAACGUCUCUUCAUCCAGUGUCUCGUGCAGGGCAACAUGACACAAGAUGCUGUGAUCGAGAACGUGCGACAAUACAUCGAAAUAAUCAACUGCAAGCCGCUGCUCCCGAGUAUGAUGCCGCAAAUAAGAAUUACGCAGAUACCUCUAGGCACACAAUAUUGCAAAGUGAGAAACAUCAACAAGACCGACGUGAAUUCCGUGGUGACGAAUCACUAUCAGGCUGGAACUAAGUCGGUCGAGUUAUCGGUCUUGAUUGAUUUAUUGAUAAUGAUAAUGGAGGAACCGCUGUUCAAUCGGCUCAGAACCAAGGAGCAGCUCGGUUACGAUGUUUCCUGCACCCACCAAGACGUCUACGGGAUUUUGGGAUAUUCGAUUACGAUUCAAACUCAGGCGAACAAGUACACGACCGAGCACGUGGACCAGCGGAUCGAGGACUUUUUGAAAUCGUUUAAUAAGACACUGAAAUCUUUACCGGAAGAGGACUUAGACUACGUCAAGGAGGCGCUGAGAAAGGAGAAGCAGUGCGCCGAUAUCGAUCUAGAUGAGGAAGUUGUAAGAAACUGGAACGAGAUUACGACUUGGCAGUACAUGUUUGACAGACUUGAGCGAGAAGUGCUCGCGAUAAAGGACAUCAAGCUUAAAGAUCUUAGAGAGUGGACUGCGAAGCAUACAUUGCAUGGAAGUAACUUUAGGAAACUGAGUAUUCAUGUGGUGGGAAAUCACUCGAAGGAAAACAACGAAGGAGACAAAACAAUCAGUAUUCCGGAGGAUAACCGUAAGAUGCAGUAUUCUUUGGAAUUUAUAACCGAUCAACAGGACAAAAAAACGCAAGCUUAUCAUAUUACUGACAUAGAGGAAUGGAAGAAAACUCUCUACGUGUAUCCAGUAAGCGAGGGGAUUAAUCCUCUCAAAGAAUCAUUAGAAAAAGAAUCCUCUCAAGCCGACUAAAUAAUGUCCUGAUAAUAGAAUAAGAAGAUAGAAAUAUAUAAUAAUAAUAAUAAGUCGUACUGCCUUGAAACUUUACGAUACUUUUCUAUUUAUCAAAAGUUUCUAUUUAAUUGACUCUUGCAUCUAGGAAGCGAUAUUACACGAUAGGAUGAAAAUAUAUUAUAAAUAAAAAAUAUAUAUUAUAAAAAUAUAUAUUACGAAAAUGUUAUAAAACGCGUGCGAUUUCUCGCAAAUCCUUAAAUCUUCAGACUUGUACAUGUUUUUCAAUAGGCUAUAUCAACUAUCAGUGGCAAUUUUUUUAUAUUAUAAUAAUCCAAAA